ACUUUGUACACAACCAUCAACUUGUACUCGAUUUUAUUUCAAGUUCAACAUGCCAUUUGAUGUAAAAGAUAUGUUGGAACAUUUUCACUUCAGUGCGAACGUGACGAUACUUUUCAAUGGCUGGCAUGUGACGACGGCUCCUGGUAUGCUAGGCAGUUGUGCCGUCGUCAUCCUCCUGGCUUUCUUCUUCGAGGUCCUCAAGACAUUCCGGACCCUGCAUCUCCAGCAAUACGCCACCAGCGUCAGGCAUCGGAUAGUCGAGAGUGCAACGGAGAAAAGCCGAAUUCUUGAAACUCAAGCCGAAGGAGAACUCAAAAUUCUUAGUUGGCCGCACGGAAUCCAGUCUUUGCUACAUGUCCUCCAGGCUGUGAUUGGCUACAUGCUUAUGCUAAUCGUCAUGACGUAUAACGGCUGGUUGAUUCUGAGCGUUCUGAUUGGCAUAGGGCUGGGCUACUUUGCAUCGGCAUGGAAGAGGAAAAUCCACGUCGACGUGGAAGAAACUGCGAAAUAGUACAUGUACAUGUAGUCGCUCAAGAAUAUUGAUCUUCAAAACCAAAGAAGAAUGUAUCCAUCAAAUCUCCAACAGUUGUAUAUAAAAAUAUAAUCUUGAAAAGAAAAAUCAUGCAGCUAAGAUAAAAAUUAAAGAACACAGACUCUUUUCCAAAUCAUGGUAGAUGGUUUUCCAAAUCAAGAUUCGAACCAACCAACCGAUCCCGUUAGCUCGGUGGUCGAGUGGUAAGACAUCUGCACUAAAAAGCAGGAGGUCGUGGGUUUGAGUCCCACCCUAGUGA